AUGAGACUUCCAGUUCCCAAACUCGGCCACAAUGACCUGAAGGAAGUGAAGAAACCUCUGAGCACUCAAGCCGCUUCUCAUAAUGUAACUAAAUCAGCUCAACCAGACCAAAAUCCGCCUCAGUAUUCAGAAGCUAUUAAUUCCAAUUCGGACUUGGAAAGUGUUUCCAGCUCACAGCCUUCCUCUCGGAGAGCCCCAGUCUCGCGGAGAAGCAGCAGUAAUGUUUUGCGUGCAAUGGCAGCACCCCUGUCUGGAUCUUCGUCUGGUGGAAAGAAGACACCCCAGCGUAAUGUCCCCUAUAAACCAUCGAAAGAGCUUCAAAAACACAUCGAUAAACUCGGUACAGACGUGAAUGUGAACGCAGAUUUGACCACUACCUUGUCCGGUACAAGGACAGAAUAUUUCCAUGUUCUACCCUCAUUUCAAAUGUUCCAGUCAAUUUUAAAACGAGACGAUGCUCAGUUCAACGAAAGUUUAAGUGGUGAACCUCCCACAUACGAGGACUCCAGAAGCGCAUCUCCAGUACUUUCGCCAUCUCUUUCGCCUCAGACGUCUGCAACGUCACAAUCGGGCCAUGAAAACCAUAUCGAUGGUCUUCUUCUGUCUACGGCUGAUCGACUCAAUGAGUAUCAGAUGAACGACUCGGCCUACCAAGAGCAAAACUUCUACUUUGACGACUCAAACGACCAGCCUGGUCCUGCUUCUUCAACCCCUAGGUACCGUGGUAUCAACGAACCAACAGAUACUUAUGGACACACUGUUCUCGACAAUAUUGAUCGCUUGCCUAAAAGCCAUUCUUCACCCAUUGAUGUUCAGAUCUAUGUGACAAAGAAGGUUCCUCUGCCGAACCAAAAGAACGAAUUAGAGACAAGACUCAAAGAAUAUUCAAGUGGAGAUGUGGUCAAUGGAUACAUUAUAAUUACGAAUACUUCCGAUUCAGUGGUCAAUUUUGGUCUUUUUACCGUCUCCUUGGAGGGAACCAUCAAGGCUACAGAAAGAAUGGACAACGAUGGCACCCAAAGUCCCCAUAGGUACAAGAAAGUGUUGAUGAAAAAGUUCUUAAAGAUGUAUGAUUUGAAUGCUUCGUAUGGCUACACCCACAUUCCUAGCAGUGUCGGUGUAGAGUACAAGGAAUACACUCGGGAUAACGAAGGGUGUAUCUUGGGAUUGCCGAAUGAGCGAAUUCUUCAACCUCAUCAAAAGUACAAGAAAUUCUUCACCUUUACUUUCCCUGAAAAACUUCUCGACAAUAACUGUAUGCACCUGAUCCUACCCCAUGUUCUUCCUCCUCCGAGCUUUGGCUUUGACAAGAGCAGUUUCUACCAUCGUGGAGAAAAUGUCAGCUUGAACAAAGCUCUUGGUUAUGGCUAUUUGGAUAUUCGUGGAACUCCACUUCUCACCAGAGAUUACAGCUUUGAUGAUAUUAGUGUCAGUUAUGCCAUCGAAGCGAAAUUCAUUGACAAGAUCGAUGCCAAGGAUCAGAACGAAGCAGUUUUCGAGCAUGAAAUCAACGACCCCAGUUCCGAUUCCAGCUAUACCAUAUCUCGCAGCCAGCAAUAUUUCUUGCGGUUCAUUCCUGAUAUCAAGGAGCAAAUCCUCGACUAUUACAAUCAGGGUUAUCAAUAUGGAUUUGAGACGUUUGGUACUCUUGGAAUUGGUGGAAAAUUGUUCCAUGAUUACAUCCACCAAAGCACCUGGCAAGCUAUCAAAGAUCUCAACCACCAGAUAGAGAAAGAAAUUGAUACUAAGCUUAACAAAGAAGCCACCCAAGAUGAGCUCAAAGAAUUGAAUUUGGUGGUUCAUUCCAAUCACAAUAAGUUUGCAGAGCAACCUAAUUUCAAGCCCCAGUUGCUGCACCAGUGGAGCGAACAGCGAGACUAUCUCUACUAUCAAGACCAAAGAAUGAUUGGAGGAUACUCUAAUGCCAUCUAUGGAAAGAAAAAAAAGAGCAUUUUGUCGUCGUUGACUUUGAUCGGAAGACUGAAAUUAUACGUCCAGGUUCCAGACGGCGUAAUACCAUACACUUCUCCACGGCUCUUGAUGAAGUAUAACUCCUCAAAUUCAGAUGACAAGGAUGGCUCCAUGACUUCGUUAACUCCCGUGAGUAGCACCAGGGAAAUCCUGGAGCUCUACAAUCGAAAUGAAGAAGACUUGUUACGUUCGGUAAAUAUCACACUUCAGUUCACAGCCAAUGACAGUGCCACCAGACCGCCGCCAAUAAGCUACAUUGAGGCUAAUGUGGUAUGUUGGUCCUACAAUUCUGAGUACCCAUUACCUGUGAAAUUGUUGUAUGAUUUCUACUAUGCCCCACCGUGCAGAAAACCCGAAGAUGAAUAUCUGGAAGUUGAUGAAGUCGAAAUCACAAGGUCAAACCUCCAGUGGGUUAAGGACCAGGUUUCCCACUACAUUUCCUUCUUAAAGGCUAACAAGACAUAUAUCUCACGAGAUUCGUAUCUCUACAUGAAAGCAAUGCAGACGUUGGGAAUCAAAAAGGACACCGUGAAAGAUUUUUUCAAGACAGUGACCCAUUCCAGUCACCCACAGCUUCUUUCAAACGAGCUGGGAUGGAAAGCAGAACAAAGAGGUAAAAAGAUAAUUUGGACCAAAGACAUAACGGUGCCGCUUUCUACAAUUAACAAGAAUAAUAUCACAUUAAUACCCAACUUUCAAAGUUGUUUGGUUGGAAGAUCGUACUGUCUUCAGGUGGUGGUCAAGUACAAAGGCAGCGGUGGAGAUCAGAAUGAAUUUGCCGACAACAUCAUCAAAUCUGAAGUUCCCUUGGUGGUAGGGUAG